UGUAGCUCUUAGACUGUUGUGUACUCUAUUUCUGCCCUAUCCUAAUUCAUUUUUUCAAAUGUUUAUAAGAUUGAUGAACAUUACAUUUAAGAUGAUACAAAAUGGUGCCUCUCAGUCCCCACAAAGUGUGUGAAGGCUGCUCAUAAAUAGCAAUGUCAUAGGGGGGCGCUGUGGCACAACUGGCUACAGUGCCUUUCCCACAUUUGGGACUUAGUUCCCAUGGGGACCUGUAUUCGAGUCCGACCCUGGUCAUGUCCAGAUCCCAUCCCUUCUCUCUCUCCCACUAUCUUCCUGUCUCUCUCUUCACUGUCCGGACACAAUAAAGCCAAAAAGCCCAAACAAUAUGUAUAAAUAACAGUUUCAUAUUAGUCUUUGCAGAUGAGAAAAGUGACACAGAUAAAAUGGCAUCAUUUCAGAAAUUUCACAAAGACUGUAUGUCGAGGAAGUUUAAAACCCUAUCUGAAGGACCAUCACCACAUACAAACCCACUUCUCCUUAACGAGAUCUACACAGAGCUGUACAUUACAGAGGUGGAAAGUGAAGAGGUCAAUAAACAACAUGAAAUCAGACAGAUAGAGAAAGCCUCAAGAACAGCAGCAAUAGAAGACACGCCAAUCAGCUGUAACGACAUCUUUAAACCCUUACCUGGACAACACAAAACUAUUAAAACAGUGUUGACUGUGGGAGUGGCUGGCAUUGGAAAAACAGUCUCUGUGCAUAAGUUCAUUUUAGACUGGGCUGAAGGAAAAACUAAUGAGGAUGUCCAAUUCAUAUUUCCUCUUCCUUUCCGAGAAUUGAACCUGUUGAAGGAGAAGAAACUCAGUCUGUUGGAUCUUAUUGAGCACUUUUUCUCAGAAAUGAAACGCCUUUCUCCAGUCUUCACCAGUUCAAAGCACAGAGUCAUGUUCAUCUUUGAUGGCCUGGAUGAGUGUCGAAUUCCUCUGGAUUUCCAGUCCAACCAAAAGUGUUCUGAUAUCACAGAGCCAGUGUCAGUGGAUGUGCUGCUGACAAACCUCAUCAAGGGGAAUCUCCUUUCCUCUGCUCUCCUCUGGAUCACUACCAGACCAGCAGCAGCCAAUCAGAUCCCUCAUGCGUCCACUAACCUAGUGACAGAGAUUCGAGGAUUCAGUGACCCACAAAAGGAGGAGUAUGUCAUGAAGAAAAUCAGUGAUGAAGAUCUGGCCAAAAGAACCAUCACAUACCUGAGGUCAUCCAGGAGCCUCUACAUCAUGUGUCACAUACCAGUAUUCUGCUGGAUCACAGCUACUGUUCUAGAGAGAAUGUUGAGUGGAACAGAGAAUGUUGAAAUCCCCAGAACUCUGACUCAAGUGUAUGUUCACUUUUUAAUCAUUCAGAUUGGUAUCAAAAAUGUGAAGUACUCAGAGAAACAAAAGGGAAAAGACGAAGAGAUGAUUUUCAAACUGGGGAAACUGGCCUUCCAACAGUUGGUGAAGGCUUGAAAAGAGUUGCCUCACUGCUAAGAGCUGUGAGCUGCUGGCCUCUGUUCUUAC